AUGGGUUCCCUGGGCAUGGUACUGGUCCUCCUGGCACAGUUUUGGGCCCUGCAAGGAACCACAGGCCUGAGUGUGCAGCAGGCACCCAAAUUGCUGAAGGUGAGGCAGGACAGCCAGGUGACCUUGGCCUGCCAGGUGGUGCAGGCCCAGGCCUGGGAGCGGCUACACGUCGAAUGGACCAAGGACGGUGACAUCUUGUGCCAGACACGCAUCAUCAACGGUAGUCUCACCGUGGGUGUCUGCGGGCCUUGGGGACGGCUCUCCUGGCAGCCGCCUGGCAAUCUCACCCUGCAGCUGGACCACGUGAGCCUCAAUGACAGUGGACUCUACAUGUGCUGGGCGACCGUGGAGAUCCCUGAUUUGGAGGAGGCCCAGGGCAGUGGGACACAGCUCCUGGUGGAGACAGAUGGCUGGCUACUGAACCGGAGCUUCUCAGGGCUCUCCUUCGCACUGCUGGUGACUGGGGCGGUGGCCGUGACCGCUUUCGCUCUGGGCGCCUGGACGUGGGGCCGCCGCCGCUGCCGGAACAGAGACGCAGGGAAUCCACUCUACAUCAAUGCCUUAUACCAGCCCCGGAGGGCCUCAAGGAAGAGUGAGGCAUGGCCUGUGUAG